ACUUUCAAAAUGGCCGACGGAAGGAAGCAUGCGAUUGGGUGGAGCACGAGGUCCUAAUUUGAGAAAAUCAGCGCAAUUUCCGAUUUGGUUGCAAGAUGGCUGCGCCCAGUGGUGGAUUCCAACCUCGUGAGCGGCGCGCCGGGGAGCAGGAAGAAGACUGGGAUGCUGUGGCGCCCAAGCGGCCCCGACUCGGGGCGGGAAGCAAGACCGGAGGCCGCAGACUCAUUGUGGUGCUGGAAGGGGCCAGCCUGGAGACAGUCAAGGUAGGGAAGACGUAUGAGCUGCUUAACUGUGACAAGCACAAGUCCAUGUUGUUGAAGAAUGGACGGGACCCUGGCGAAGUGAGACCGGACAUAGCUCACCAGAGUUUACUGAUGCUGAUGGACAGUCCCCUGAACCGGGCUGGCUUGCUACAGGUUUAUAUCCACACACAGAAGAACGUGCUGAUUGAAGUGAACCCCCAGACUCGAAUUCCCAGAACCUUUGACCGUUUCUGUGGCCUCAUGGUUCAGCUUUUACACAAACUCAGUGUUCGAGCAGCUGAUGGCCCCCAGAAGCUCUUGAAGGUGAUUAAGAAUCCAGUAUCAGAUCACUUCCCAGUUGGAUGUAUGAAAAUUGGCACUUCUUUCUCCAUCCCAGUUGUCAGUGAUGUGCGAGAGCUGGUGCCCAGCAGUGACCCUGUUGUCUUCGUGGUGGGGGCCUUUGCCCAUGGCCAGGUGGACGUGGAGUACACAGAGAAGAUGGUGUCCAUCAGCAACUACCCCCUCUCUGCUGCCCUCACCUGUGCGAAACUCACCACCGCCUUCGAGGAAGUGUGGAGGGUCAUCUGACGAUAGAACCUCGUCCCACACAGAGACUGUGGACAUUGCUCCCCGACCCUGUGCUCAGCAGACUGCUGCCAACCUUCCUGCACCGAGACGAGGCUGUACAUCUGCUGCGUGUUUAUUUUAUAAAUUACUGUUCUUGCAAA